AUGGCUCCGCCGGACGAACGACACUGUUGGUCACAGAGGCUGGAGAAUGUGCUUGAGGAUCGCGAUGCGCUAGAGGCAUUCAAACGUUGGAUGAAGGCUGAAUCCCCGUUGUAUGAGCAUCCAAUCAAUCUGCAUUUUGCUAUUAUUGCUUACAAAAAUAUGUGUGCUAAACAAAAUGUGCGUGCUGCUGAGCUGGCGAAGAAAUUGCACCAAAAGUACGUAAGUGUCAAUACGGGUGUAUGCUCCUUUUUACAAGACGGUUUACGACGUGAAGUGAGUUCUCGAGUGCACUCGCUGUCAGCAAGUGAUCCAGAUUCAACCGUAUUCGAUGUUCUUAUAUCGCCUGUUGAACAGUACUUGCGACAGCAACACGCUCAAUUCGUUUGCUCUGAAGAAUUUUUGGACGCUUACAAUCGAUCGGAAGAUUUUUUGGCGGUUCAUCCGAUGAGUAGCACCACUCAGAAACCACCUCGAAUAUCGUCAUUAAUGACUCCGACUCCAACACGCAAACCCCGUAAGAACGCUCACCAACCAACACUCACCGCUGAAAUGUUGUUAAAAACCCAAUAUGAUCGUGAGAACACUCUCGGUGAAAGUGAAUUAGAGAAGUUGUAUCCGCCAGUUGUAAAAGCACCAUAUGUUUGUAAUGCAACGACAAGCAAAAACGAUUCAGCCGUUUCGUCGACGUUCUCGAGUGAUGCAAAUGGUCAGAAUACAACGAUGAAAUUGAGCACAAUUCGGGAAGAACAACUCAGAGGCAAUCCAGCCACGCACACACUCGCCAGGGUGGAACGACCGGAUUGUACGACUGUACCAACGCACUGCACAGAAGAGGGACGAAGAGCGUUUGCGAACCUUCUCAUCGACAAGCUGAAUGUGCUAUCAGCUAGACGGAGAAGAAAUGAUGUAAUGAGCCAACAACUACGAGAUAUUGAGAGUAGAAAAUGUUCGGCACGUGAAGUUGUAAAAGAAGUUGAGCCGAAUGCUGGCGAAGAAGAAGAUGAAUUAGAGAGAUAUGUGAGGCAGAGGAUGGCUGAUGAUUCAAGCAAACCGUCACCGUCGUAUCACUCUCCUGAUUCGUUCAAUGCUCAUUCUCUUCGACUAAGAAGACGCUCACCAAAAUCGAGCUCUCCAGAACGGUUUCAGUAUUACACAAUUUCACCGACGAUGCAUUCAUCAUAUAGCGGCAACCCGUAUGGAUCGAAUGGCUUUGCACCACCACCCUGUGGCAGCAGGCAUACCAGACAAUUGAAUGCUGCCUCAGCUAAGCCGGUUUCUAGGGAACGAUGUGAUAUGAAAUCAAUGGCUAUCUACGACACAUCAGGUAUUGAGUCUAUGGCACCGUCAUCCGUUAGUGAUGCUCAACGAGAUGAUGCUCAGCGAGCGGCUGUAUUCCAGAAGGCUAGACUUUUGUCUUCGGGAAUGGCUGCUACGGGUUGUACCAUUCGCAAAUCCACGCACAGACACCAUGACUUCUCUUCGUUGCCGUUAGUUGUGCUUUCUUUCGUUAUAAGCACAAAAGAGCGUUCACGAGGUGGCGGUGGUGGUGCUACAGAGUCGAAACCACUGAUGACAAUCAGCUAUAAGGGUAAAGGACGUGUGCCGAUCGUGGCGCACGUUCCUGCGCAUCCAAUCACCUUCAAAGAAUUUCGAAAGUAUCUGGGCAUCUCGUCAAAGUGCAAUUUACAAUUUUUCUUCCGGACAAUUUGUGAAGAUGGCUCGGCACCUUAUCAGUUACUAUUGGUUAAUGAUGAUUCGUCGUUAUUGCCAGUUUAUGAGGGUCGUGUCACAGCCGAAUGCAGGUCAUUGUCAGACUCGGAUUGA